UUCCACCCAUCCCCUCCUGCCGGCAGUGCGGGGCGAUGCAGGAGCGGCAGCAGCAUCUGCUCUGACACAUCCUGGCGUGACGGGGACACACCGAGCCGGCAGGAGGAAAGAAGAAGGAGGAGGAGAAGCUAAGGAGGAGGGGAGGAAGGAGGAGGAGAGGAGGAAGAGGAAGAAGAGGAGGAGGACACAACUCUGUCAAAAGGAAGCCGGAGGACGGGACGAGGAGAGGUGGACGAGGAAGAAGGAGGAGAGCAAGAGGAGACUCGGGUGGUGCAGCCAUGUCAGACACACCUUUGCAGCGGAACGGCACGGCAACAGCACCGAUGUCGUGUGAGGAGGCUCAGCUCCACAAAGAGAGGCUGCAGGCCUUGGCGGAGAAGCGAAAACGUCAAACUGAGAUCGAGGACAAGCGAGGCCAGCUCGAUGACAUGGUGCUACAGCUGCAACAUCUCAAGUCCAAAGCCAUGCGAGAACGAUGGCUCCUCCAGGGAACGGGUUUGGAGGAAGAGGAGGUACGGCGGACACAGCUGGAGCAGGAUGAAGAAAAAGGGAAGAGGCUGGAAGACCUGAUACACAGUCUGGAGUCUGACAUCGGCACACUCGAAAGUGAAGAGUCUCAGAUCUCGGCCAAGGAGCAAGUUCUACGAGAACGACUGAAAGAGACGGAGCGCUCGAUAGAAGACCUGCAGAAGAGUCUGAUGAACCAGGAUGGAGAUGCCACCUGCUGCAUGUCCACCCCCCUGUCGGACUGCACGGACCCCAAUCCCAACCACCUCGGCCUGGCCACGCAGCCCCGGACCGGCCCACCUGCCUCUGGAGAGCACGCCAUACCAAGACCUGCAAUGUUCGCCAUGGAGAUCAACGUGGAGCACGACCCACACACCGGCGAGCAGCGCAUCCUGUCGGCCAACCGCGUGAACCCGUUGGACGCGGCGUCGCGUGGCGUCAAAGUCUACGACGACGGCAGGAAAGUGGUCUACGAGGUCACUUCCGCUGGGGGUGUGUCCACCACCAGUGUGGAGAAUGGUUGGAGCUCCUCGCAGGUCGACCAGCUGAUCCAGCGAGCCGCCAGGCCUGCUGCUCGAGGAGGAGAUGACGGGAGAGGUCAGGUGAGGGUGACCCCGGCUGUCCCACAGGCCUACAUUUCCCCGGCAGAUGUGGAUGAUCUGUCUCCGCCCUCCUGUGCCCCGCCAUCCAUCCCUUCUAGCCCACCAGCACAGGUCACCCUCCAAAGGGAGACCCGGCUGGGCAUGAUCCCCCCCUCCACUCCUGUCACGACCCAGCCGGCCUCCUCGGCCCACCCGGGCAACGAGCUCUCCUGCCAGCCUCAAGCCACUGCGGAGCACCCAGUCACCAUGGUGUUCCUUGGCUACCAGGACGUUGAGGACACGAGCGAGAGCAGGCGGCUGCUUGGCUUCGACGGCGCUGUGAAGGCCGAGGUGGUCCUGAUCGACGAAGACGACGAGAAGUCGCUGAGGGAGAAGACGGUCACCGACCUAUCCAUCAUCGACGGCACGGCGGCCGACCUCGUGUCGGGGCGGCCGGCCACGUCCGAGGCCGUCAGCACGGAACUGUCAUCUGACGGCCGUGAGCCUGACAGCGCCUCCUCGCCACCCGCAAAUGAUGCCAACACGGCCCCCCCACCCGGCCUCACCCCCGCCACAGGCUACAUCAAAACGCCAGAGGUUGCCUUGACAACAACGAACGGCUAUCAAGCUCCCAUGCCGACCAAACAUCCUCACACUGCCAUGAAAUCGUGGCGGGCAGCCGAGGAUGUCAGUGACUCAACGCCGAGAGAGCGAGCCCUGAAGAGCGUCAGUUUCCAGGAAUCGGUCAGCGUUAUCACCGACAGGCCCGCAAGCAUGGAGCUGGAGAGCCAGCAGAUGCAACAUGGCUGCCUCGGCAGUCCCAAUAACCGAGCCCACGGCGAAGAAGAGACUCCUGACAGCGAGGUGGCUCAGCAGCCUGACCAUGUGCUGUGUCCACAGGAGAUCCGUUACCUGGACCAGGUGUUAGACGCAGCCUCUGAAACACCCACUAAUGGAACCUCGUCUCCGUCAGAUCACCACAAACCAAUCAGCGUUGACAGAAGCUCCCCCUCUGUCUGUGUGUCAGCAUCCCCUCCUGUCAAUCACCAGCACAUCAUCGUCGAGGGGCACAGACAGACAACGUUCCUCCACCAGGACGACUCCCUCGUCCGAACCAACGGGCACGUGCAGGGGGAGGAGUCGGGGAGCAGCAGGGCGAAGUUUGAGCUGAGGGCGUUUCAGGAGGAGAGGCGGCCCGCGAAACUCUUUACUCCCGGAGAGGAGCAGCACGUCAGAGUGACGAGGACACGACCCACAGAGGAGGUUCACGAGUUGGAGCGUGAGCGUCAGGAACUGAUCAAAGACCAGGCUGUGAAGAAGAAUCCAGGCAUCGCCCGGCGCUGGUGGAACCCUCCUCAAGAGGUUCCUUUGGAGGAGCAGCUGGAAACCGACCAGCUCGAGUCGCUCAAGAAAUACCAGGAGAGGAAACAGCAGAGGCAGAAUUAUACCUACACAUACACACAGCCACAGGUGUCAGGCCCUCCGUCAGUGGUGACCUUUGACCCCGAGCUGACCAGGAAGGAGGACAUUCUGGAGAAGCAGAUUGACUUCUCCUCUGCCAGGAGGCAGUUCCUGCUGGGGGAGACGACAAGGAAGGACGUAGCUCCUCAGAUAUAUUCGGCCAAACCUUUCUCGAAAGCCACAACCAGGAGCAGCCAGGGGAGCAGUGACAUCGUCGCUGACACCGGAGAGAGUCACGUGACCUGGUCUGAUGAAGGAAUCGCAGGUGAAUUCACGUGCGCACGAGCCGUCAUGAAAAUCCUGCAUGAGGAAGAGGAAGGGAAGGGUCAUUUCCUGCCGCCCUACCACCCAGAGGAGUCCGACUCGGGAUUGGACGACUUAUCUGUCCGCUCUCAGGACACCACAGUGUUUAGCUUGGAUAAUGUUUCCGACAGCGGGGCUUCGCUGCCCCCUACCCCGCUGCCACUUACCCCGGUGUCACCUCCCACCCCCCAGCCCACCACACCAGUCAACGGGCAGACCAAUGGCAGUCCAACAGAAGACGAGCUGGAGUUCCACGCCGGGAUGCUCGUCCAAAACGCCAUCCAAAAUGCCCUGGCGGCUCAGAACGACGGGGAGUGGCAGCCAUUGGACUUGGAUUCUUCCCAGUUCAGCACUCCGGUGUCUCCAUCCUCAGCUUCAACCAGUAGUCCAGUGCCAGUCUCCUUCUCCCCUGUGUCUUCUGGUGGAGCCCCAAGUCUCCAGUCGCCUGUGUCCUCCAGUCCAGCUCCAUCCAACCCGUCCCCUCUGCCAGAAAGGCAUCCAGAGGUGAGAGUCACUUUUGAAGAGAAACCGUCAGAAUUCCUAGAGACUCAGCAGCCACAACUCCAGACGCCUUCCCCCGCCAUCUCAGACUGUCUCUCCCCGCAGAGAGCCAGAGACGGAGGCCCCAGGAUCAAAAUCCAGUCCUCUUACGCCAGGGCGCUUGCUUCCUCAUCUCCGGCUCAAGCUCCUGCCUCAACAGCUCCCGUCUCCAGGCCGACCCCAGUUUAUCGCCCACCUUCCCCUCCGAGCCCGGAGAAACCGGAGUACAGCUACUUCAGUAAGUACUCCGAGGCGGCCGAGCUGCGUAGCACGGCUGUGGCAGCGCGAUGCCCCGAGCCGGAGGCGGCGGCCAGCGGCCCGUUCCGCCUGCGCUCCAAGAAGCAGCGAACGUUGUCCAUGAUUGAGGAGGAGAUUCGAGCGGCUCAGCAGAGGGAGGAGGAGCUAAAGAAGCAGAGGGAGACGGGGCCUGUGGUUAAAGUCCGCCCCAGCAACGUGUCCAGCAGCGGUCACGGGCCUGUGAGGACAGGGAUGAAGAAAACAACCAUUACUCCAGCGGAUAAGAUGAAGAGCAACAGUCUGCCAACUAGACUCACACUGACAGCGAAGACAGCACCAGGAAAGAUCGAGAAGGUUCGACCCGUGCCGCCCGUCUCGCCCUCGCCCUCAGAGGGAGCCCUGUCCGACGCCGGCAGCGAGGACUCCGGGGGAUCACGACCCAAGAACUACAUGCAGACGCUCAUGGAAGACUUUGAAUCCCACAAGGUGAAGAGGAGGGAGAAGAUAGAAGACAACAGUUAUGCCCGCUUGCUGCUGGCUAAGGAGGUAACCACCGAGGUUCUGGAGGCCACUCGUGUCACCAGGAGGAAAAGCGACAUGGCGCUGAGGUGGGAAGCCGGCCUCUACGCCAAUGAGGAAGGAAAGGAGGAAGAAGAGGAGGAGGAGGAGGAAGAAGAGGAGGAAGAAGAGGAGGAGUAAAACGGCUCCUUUUGAGAGACGGUUAAGGGACUUGGUCGGAAGGAGGAGAUAGGGGAGGAUGAAGGAAGAAAUGCAAACAGGAGGAGAAAGGACAAAGAAGGAAACAGUAUUUAUUUUACUUAUAGUAUUCUGAUGAUCAUGUGAACCGCCGGCUUGACUGAUGGCGCUCAUCGAGGAGAUCGAUUAUUGGACCUGACGACUGAAGAGGAGCACGUUAAAAGACGAAGAAUAUGUGACAGACAUUUGAAGUGUUGCAGUGAGUGACACUUUGAAAGGGUUUUCUGGUGGUUUAGGAACGUUCUGCAGAGGUUUAUAUGGGACAGAAGGUUUUUUACUAGCUGGUAGACGCUGAAUGACUUAAGUAUUCAUAGGAUUUUUCACUUUCUUGUUGACAUGCGGGCUGAGAUCUAAAGAUUUUAUUACGACAGGUUGCCUGAGACUUGAUGAGAAUGAUGGUUUUGGCAAAGUGAGCUUGAUGAUAAACCGCAGUGAUCUUUAAGUGUGGGAAGAUGAUGCAGUAGAUGAGCGGGGGUGUAUGCUGAUACUGGUUUUGAUGGUUUUGAUGCUACUGCAGAGAGGAUGUGAUGUUUAACAGGAUUCUAACCCAAGCAUCACUUUCUGAAGUUUUAACGGUGUGUAUCCUGCGGUGCCACAGCCCGUCACAGAACAGUAAUAACACACAGACAACACGUCGCUCUGAGCUUUCCUUUUCAAGCACCUGUAUUAAAUCUCAAGUGGCGGCUUUAAGGCUGCUGCACACUAGAGGACGAUCAGGGCGAUUUUAGACCCAAUCUGCCCUUUCCGACAAUCGCGGGGGCGUUUCCGCCUGGAGGUCACUCGGUGCUGAUUAUCUGCAACAAUUAAUCCUGAAGUGUGAGGGGUUUACAAAAUAAUCGUAAUUCUACCGGUUGAGUCUGAGUCUCCCUGAUCUCGAAUUGAUUCGCCUAAAAGUUGUUUGCCAACCGCCAUAAAAGAACUGAAGAAGAAGAAGAAGAAGAAGAAGAUAUUGCGAGUUUCUGUGAGAUUUCAAGUCUCUGGAAAUCCCCACUGUGUGUGGUCUGACGUUCUGGCCAAAUCAUCAAGUGUAUGCGUUCUAAGAUUAUAAGAUUAUAAUCAUGUCUGUGGUCUCCCACGUUUUUAAAAUCAGCCAAGAGUUGAAAACCCUCUGGUGUGCAGCAGCCCUUCAGCGUCAGCGUCCUUGAAUAGUUACAAUGCCAGCGAUGAAACCUGCGAAACGAGCAUCGAGGUGCAACUUUGCCUUAGACCUGUCAGUUCAAGGUUGAACGCUUCACACGUAUGAUGUAUUUUAUCCUCUCCUAUCCUGUAUUACUACGUUUUCGGUAGACGUUAGAGAGAAUACACAGCCCCAUAUAAACAAAUCACUAUUCUUCAGUGUGCAGGAGGAGACAGGCCGGGGGGGAAAGGGAAGCUAACUGCAGGUUAUGUUUGUGUCAGUAUGUGUUAAAUAAAGAAAGGGCUGGGUCCAGGGUUUUAUAUUCUUUUUUUAAAAAAAAUCACUUAUUUUACCUUCGCUGGCUCCGCCGCUUCGUCGACCUGUGCUUUCUGAUGUAAGCAGUUUGUUCUCAUGUAUUAUACCGAGGUAGGACUGUGUAUCUGAUAAAUGAUCUAACUGAGGAUAAAGUUUGAUGAAAAAAUAUAUUGAGGAAAAAAAGCUUUUUAUAGAAAAGUUGUUAUACCAAAAGCGAAUGUUGAUAUUCAGAGAGAAACGAAGUGUCGGCCUGAGCUCUUGAGUCUAUUUAAGAAAAUAAAAGUACAGAUUGUGUGCAUGGCAUUACACUCGUUUCCUGACCUGACACAAGCACACGACAAGACGCAAACAGACGAUCAGCAGCAACGGGCUGAGCAGAUGUUCAUUUUACUUACUGCAAGUCGGGGUUGUUGAUUUUUUUCUAAGCGAAUAUAUUGAUUUUGCAGGAUGACGAGAUUUUCUGUUUUGUUAAAAUGGACGAAGAAGAGACUGAUGAUACUGUGGAAUGUCCCGUUGUAGAAAACGAUGUUUCUGUUUGAAAUGAAAUCACCAAAACACGCUGCAGACACAAUCGGAAAAUAAGUGAGAAUUGAAAGUAGAAAAAUGUAGAUGCAUUGUUUUUGUGAACCACUUUUCACUCUUUAUUUUGAAGCCAUCCAGAUUUUUUUUUAUCCAGGAUUAUGAUAUUUUCUUUUCUGUAAAUCAAAGGUUAAAGUUUUGAUCAAGUGUCCUUCAGCGAGGCCCUGACCUCUCUGUCUGCUGCCCCUGAAUAAAAUCCUCCAAUAAAUGUCUGAAAUUCAAAGGAACACUGAGGAAAAAAUGCACAAAAUGUAUAAAAAAAAAUGUAAAUGUAGGACACGUUCUCUCACUUGAUGAUAAUGAAUCUGUAUUGUUUCGUAUUUAAAGGAAAAGUCCCGGUUGGCAAACGAUGCCAAACGCAUGUGCCAGCUGCUUCACCAACCAGAAGUGAAAACCAAUGACUUCUGCCUCUUCGGUGCAAACAUUUCCCCCUGAAACAAAAGAAAUACACCUCACAUUGGUUCCAGAUUAUCGUCCUUGUUCUUGUUUUUUAUAAACUUUUAAUAAUAUAUAAAAGGGGAAAUAAGUAUUUAAUGAUAAACGACAAGGGUGUUUUUUUAUUAUUAUGAGAAUGUAAAGGAAAGUUUGUUAUCGAUAUCACAAGUACAACAAGACAAGUGCUGUGUUGCUGAUCCUGCUUUGAGAUUUAUUCUUAGCACAAGAUGUAUCUGGGAUUUUCCAGACAUGACUCAAGCUUGCAGACAUCUUUUUUUUUUUUUAAAUGCAUAUGUUAGUCAUUGUGGCUCUUAAGGUUUUCCAAAGAGAAAUAAGAGAUUUUUUUAGUGGAAAUAUGAGUUUUUAUUUUCCAGGAUGAAUAACGGAUCAAUUCCUUUGUGAUGAAUGAUUGUUUUACUGUGGCCUAUCGGGACGCGAGCUGAGCGUCCACUCAAAAACGUGUUCACAGCACAAUUUGUUUUUUUUAUUAACAGACACAAUCAUUUCUGCUUCAAAAAACCUGCUGCGAUUCUCACUAAACACUUUUGAAAAGGUAACAGACAUCACGAACACCCAGAGGAUUCAUAACUGUGUGAUUUACUCUUAUUAUUAUUAUUAUUAUUAUUAUGCUUUUGUUGUUUGAAUUGACGGUGCAGAGGAGAUUUAUUUAUCAUUUGAAGACGCUGGUAGCUUGUCGUCGCACCGAGCUUCAGUGUGUGACAAAGCAAUCGAUCACGUAUUCGUGUAUAACCUCUGUCCCUAUGUUAACCACUUGUAUGCUCAUACUCUGCUUUGUUAUUUUAUAGCACGUGUAAGGCUCACAGUUAUACACCUACUAUACAUAUUAUGAAUAUUUUCUCAUUAAAAACAAAACGUGUAGA